AUGUCCGUUGAUUUAACUGUAAUUUACGGAACUCUUCGUGCACGAGUCCGACUCGCACUUGGCCGGUUUAUAUUGGACAUAAUAAGUAAAGAAACCAAUAUUUCAAUAGAAAAUUUGAUGUUAUGUUUGAAAAAAAUUCGCUUAGACACUAAAAAUCAAGAACUAGCUGAUGACUUUGCAAUGACACCAUCGAAUGUUACCAAAAUUUUUUUUAAACAUGUGCUUAUAUUAGCAAGUGUGUUGCGUCCAUUCAUUGUGAACAUAGAUAAAGAAUUAAAUAGAAAAACCCUGCCCAUGGCAUUUAGGCAUAAAUAUUAUAACGUUAGCUGCAUUAUUGACUGUUUAGAAAUCGAGGUGCAAAAGCCAUCUAAGUCAGUCAACCAAGCAUUAACUUGGUCUGAAUAUAAAAAAGCCAAUACAAUUAAAUAUUUAAUAUCUUGCACUCCAAAUGGAUUAGUGAACUACAUAUCGCAAGGAUUUGGGGGCAGAACAACGGAUACAUGCUUGGUAGAAUCGUGUGAUUUUGUAAAUACUUUAGAAAAAGGAAUGGUUGUAAUGGCAGACAGAGGGUUCAAACACAUUGAACAGUUUUUAUUAAAGUCUAGGGUUCAAUUAGUUAGACCUCCAAGUGUACAAUCGGGUGGAAAACUAAGUAAGGUUGAGGCUAAGCAAACGAAACAAAUUGCUAGUUUAAGAAUACAUGUGGAACGUGUGAUACGGCGUUUGAGAGAAUUUAAUAUGUUAAGACCACAUGCAUGUGUCAAUACAAAUCAUGUAAAAAUAUUAGAUGAUAUUAUUACUAUAGCAUGUGCUUUAAUUAAUUUGCAAGAUUCUCUAAUUAAAUAAAACUUCAAAUGAUGCCUUGUUUUAUUUAUUAU